AUGGCGUACAAUCCGUUUUUCUUACAUCGCCCGUCGGAGUUCAACAUGAACUCCUUCUUAGCUCAGCAGCACGGCUACCUUCCCGCCUUCCCCUUCCCUACGACCGGAUUACCACCGUCUCUGAUACCCAAACUUCAGCAGUCCAUGGUAAGGUCGCCUCUCACCGCUGCCGACAUGCUAGCCCAUCAUCAGCAUCUAAGGCCUCUCAGGACCCUUGAGCCUGUUGAGUCCGACAUCCAGGACGAUCCAAAAGUGGAUCUUGACUCCAAAGAUUUAUGGGACCAGUUCCAUGAGCUCGGAACGGAGAUGGUCAUCACGAAAUCCGGCAGACGGAUGUUCCCUCCAUAUAAGGCCAAAGUCUCAGGCUUGGACAAACGCGCGAAAUAUAUAUUGUUGAUGGACAUUGUGGCGGUCGACGAUUGUCGUUAUAAAUUCCACAACAGCCGAUGGAUGGUGGCCGGAAAGGCCGAUCCGGAAAUGCCAAAGCGCAUGUACAUCCAUCCGGACUCACCAAGCACCGGCGAGCAGUGGAUGCAGAAAGUGGUGUCCUUCCACAAGCUCAAACUCACCAACAACAUCUCCGAUAAACACGGAUUUGUAAUCCUUAAUUCAAUGCAUAAGUACCAGCCUCGGUUUCAUAUAGUUCGCGCCAAUGACAUCCUCCAGCUGCCUUAUAGCGCCUUCCGGACAUAUGUGUUUAAAGAGACCGAGUUCAUCGCUGUGACGGCUUACCAAAAUGAAAAGAUCACGCAGUUAAAAAUAGACAACAAUCCGUUUGCUAAAGGAUUCCGUGAUACGGGUGGAGGCAAAAGGGAAAAGAAGCGCCCACUCAUGCCUGGAUCAACUACCCUCGUGCGGCAAAAUGACAGCGCCACCUCGGAUACUAAAGGGAGGCUACCCUCUCUGGACCAUGACCUGGAUGACGACGAGGAAAACCAAGAGAAGGAUGCUGAGGAUAUGGAUAUCUGUGUGAUAGAUCCGGAGGAGGAUCCGGUGCCCUCUUUAUCUUCUCCGAAAACGCCGGAACAUAAAGACGACAAACUUGUACCCGAAUAUGACAGAGACAAGGAGCAUCAAAAAGCUAAGAAGGACAAUGAAGAUUCCGUGAACGGUCACGAUGCACCUAAUCCAUCGGAGGAUAAGAGAGAUAAAAUUGAGGAGGCUCCAACAAGAAAAUCUCCAGACCCAUGUACCAGUCCAAACAGCAUGGAAGAGGGUUCCAAAUCACCAAACAUGGUUCCAGAUAAUUCGGGUAAACCGCCUGUUCUUCUCAUGAAACCAGACGUCAAAGACGUCUCUUCAAGGGAGCGAAAUCUGUAUCCAGACCGGGAGAGUAUUGAGCAGCGUGUAGAGAGACUGCAGAGCCUGAGUCCGACGCGGAGCAACGAUUUCAAAUCAGAAAGCGAGAAGUCAAGUACGCCGGAGCCGGAGCGUCGUCUGGGUGAACCAGCCGUCGAGGAAAUCCCUCCGCGGAUUAACGGCCCUUUGUGUCCGCCGCCAUUUUCAUUUCUAUACCCUUCGGCUUAUCCGGAUGGUUCCAGUCCGUUUUCCAGCCAGCUCGGUCACAUGCUUCUUAACAACGGUGCACCUCAUUUUCACAACGAAAGCCUAUUGACUUUACCUUACUACAACAUGGCGUCUACCGGGUCCGGAAUAGACUUAUCCAGUCUGUCACCUACGUACACCCAAGCAGCUAUUGCCCAGAACUUACUAAAUAUGGGUGGUCACCCAUCCCACCCGCAACUCUUCUGUUCCAACGGCAUGCUGGGAUCAGUGAUGGGACUCGGGGACCACUCCACCCAACUUUUGCCCGGCAUGUCUUUGGGGCCAGUGCUCAAUUCUCGAACAAAGAGCAGAUUUUCUCCUUAUAACAUUCAAAAUUCGACUCGUUCCUCAGCAGCUUCAUGUCCUUCGUCCACCGUCCAUCAUUUGUGUUCUCCACCGUCAGCCUCGGGCUCCCUGAGACCCGGAAACAACUUGUCUCAACACAUGGACAAUCACCACAGUGCUCAUGUCACUCCCGGAAGAGUCAGCAAAUCUCCACCCAGUACGCAUGCUCAUGCGCAUCCGCACACGCAUUCGUCGUCCAGGGAAAGCACUUCUGGUCGUGAACUCAAGCAUAUGGAGAGGUUGUUAAAUGGGUUGGACAUACAUAAACCACGGCGAUCCGAAGGGCUAAGUUUACCCUCACGAUCGUACGACAAAGGAGAAGGGUAAUGCAAAUGCUACUCCCCUCCGUGUUCAUGAGGGAGUGUUGGCAUAAGGGGGUGGAGCUGUGUGC